GGCGACUGAGGAGAGCAUGUGGCGGGAAAGUAGCUAAGCAAUCUUAAUCUUCUGAAUCUUUAUGAUCUGAUAUGACUCGACUAUACUAACACGCUAAUUUUAAGAAGAGACCUACCUAGUCACAAAGUACACAAUGAGCAGUGCUUGGCAGCACCCUCAUGUGAGUCUGUUCAAGGUAUUCGGAGUGGGACAGUGGAAGAAAUGCAGCAAGGAGGGAGACGUCUCGUCAAUGAUGGACAGGGACAUAAAAUCGACAGUGUUCCGAGUCCUUGGCUCCAUCCCUGCAGCCAACUACAUCCAGAUACCCAAGACCUCCUCACAAUCUCUCAGCCUCACAGGACAAUACCUCUACGCCAUAUUCAAACCCCUCCCUGGAAAAUACUUUGUGCUGCAUUUGGAGACUGUCAAUUCAUCUGGAAUGGUCAUACGUCUGUCCUUCUCAAAUCUCUUCAAGGAGUUCAAGUCGACCUCAACCUGGUUGCAAUUCCCUUUUGCAUGUAAUUCUGAUAAAGAAAACAACCCCAAAGUCACAGACACUAUACCAACCUCUCUACGAUGGACGCUAUUGAAGAUCAACCUCAAAGCAAUACUGUCCAAGUACCUCCACACACAGUACUCGUACCUGAAGAAUGUCAAGAUCUGUGCUAAUCUGCUGGUGAAAAACAUCUUCACUAGUGAAUUUGACUACAGUCCAUUCACCUUCGACAGUUCUAAAUUUGCACAACCUUUGCCGAGGGAAAUCGCUCUCCCCCUAACGAAAGAUGAGAAGUUUUCUGACAAGUAUGACUACAUGCAGUAUCCUUAUGAGCCUAACGAGAACGGGUCUUCAAGUCAAAGGUCAUCCACUCGUAAACUGAAAGGCAUGCAUCCACAAGUCUCAGUGCUUCCGUCUAUGAGUUCUGAAAUGACGGCGGAGCCAGACAGAGGGACAACAUCUCCUGACAAGACUGCCAGACAAGAGCAUACUGAUACCAGAGAAGGGAAGACAUUGCCUAAAUCACAGCCAAACCUUGAGAGCAGAGUGUUGAGGCUUAAACCUCGCUCAUCUAAAGAAGCUCCUGAAAUUGUCUCUUUAAAAUCAACAGCUACAGAGAAAGUAGGUCGAACUGUCAGGUCCACACCCAGAGCAGGCAGAGCCCUCAAGUCCCAGCAACAGAGAAUAAAGAAGUUAUCAGGUGGAGCAGUGAGGUCAGAGCAGGAACUGGAAGAGGUGCAUGUGUACACUGAGGGAGGUGGUGGUGUGGCGGUGCAUAGAGAGGGGAGCCGGAAGAGUGUGAUAGUGAAGGGGAUGAAACAAGAGUUUCAGAGUCUCCAACCAGACCCCAUCUUGAGGCUCAAUAAGGUCAUAGGAUUUGGAGGUCAUGGUACAGGUCAACUACUGUUCGGAAGAGAUGGGGAGAGUGUGUUCUACCCCUGUCAUUGUCUGGUAAUUGCCAUGGAGAUCAAGACUGGGGAACAGAUAUUCUAUAUCGGCCAUACUGACAAGGUGUCCUGCAUAGCCCUCAACCACUCUAGAUCCCUAUUGGCGUCUGGUCAAAGUGGUCCCCUCCCCCUAGUCCGACUGUGGGGGGUGGAGUCAGCCAGGUGUCUAGCCCUGUUCAAGACUCACAGCUCGGGUCUACACUCACUCAGUUUCUCUCACUCCGGUGGUGUUCUGUGUGGAGUGGGUAGGGACGGUCACGGGAAGGGUCAGGUGGUCCUCUGGGGGACGGCUCAGGCUCCUCGUACUGGGGACGUCAGCGUACUGGCCAAGGCUCACACAGACGCUGGGAUCGAUCACAUGAGGAUCGCUAGCUUUGAUGAUAGCAGGAUGGUGUCAUGUGGUUGGGAUAAUGUGAGGUUCUGGCGUCUGAAGGGAGGGUCUCUUCGCUCCUGUCCUGUCAACCUGGAGAAGCACCACCAGAUGUACUUCACUGACGUACAGUUCCAACCAGGAUUCCACAAUGAGAGCGACCUCACUGAUAGGAGUGUCUUUGCCUCAACCAAGACUGGGCAUAUUUUUGAGAUCCACUACAAAUCCAUCUCUGUCAAGAGAAAAUGGCAUGUGUUGCCUAGCAACCCAGGGGGUGUGCCUAUCCUGUCACUGGCGGUCCAUGAGGGGUUCUGUGUGACGGGGUCGGAGGACGGUGUGUUAAGGGUGUGGCCUCUGGACUUCUCAGCACGACUCAUGGAAGCAGAACACGAUGGACCGGUCAGUGCAGUGGACAUUAGUGAAGAUGGGCUCAGAAUAUUGGCUGGAACCACUGCGGGCAACAUAGGGCUCCUGGAUGCCAGUAGCAGCAGCUACUCCACUCUGAUGAGGUCCCAUCGAGAGGUCGUACAGUGUAUGAGUGUCACGGGAAGUGAGGUGGCUGAAAUCUGUCUAGUCUCGUGCUCCCUGGACCACACCAUCAGAGUCUGGGACAGCAAGCCUGGCAAACAGUUGUUUGAUUUCCACACUCCUGGUGACAUUGGCUGCGCAGUGGUGUGGCAUCCCAGUCUCCCAGUGUUUGCCUGUGGGUUUAAGUCUGGUUUCGUUAGACUCUUCCAUGUGCCCUCCACCACAGUCCUCUCUGAGCACAAGUCCCACAAUGGAGUGAUUACAGGAGUAGUGUUCUCCCCAAGUGGCCACGCCCUCUAUAGCAGCUCCAGUACUGGCUCACUUGCCAUGUAUGACCUUUCUGACAUCAGUGCGGCCAAGGUGAUUCGAGUGCUGGCUAACACAGUGGCUAAGGGUGAGGGGUAUGGGCCAAGGGCACUCAGUGUGAGUCAGGGGGGACAGAGACUGGCCUUCAUCGGACCACUAGACUCCACCGUGUCAGUACUGGAUGCAGAGUCCCUGGAUGAGGUUCUUCGACUGGACAUUACUCCCAUGUCCACCCACCACUCCACAACUGCCACACCCAACCCAGCACUAGAAACAGCCAAGAUGGUGACCUUCUCCCAUAAAGCCCUCAACCAGCUCCUAGUUAUCACUUCAACCUCUCGACUGCUCAAGUUCAGUGCCUCCAAUGGCCAGCUACUGUCAGAGGUGGCCCAUAUCCACAGAGCAAGCUGCACUGCAGUGUGCCCCAGUAAUAGACACCUCCUAACAGCAGGGGACAAUGUGCUCAAAGUAUGGGACUAUGGGAUGGCACUCGACCUCAACUUCCAAGUGUUCAUAGGUCACUCUGAGCCUAUCACAGAGGUGUUGUUCUCCCCCAAUGGUGACCAGGUGGUCAGUUGUGGAGACGCCAUCUUCCUAUGGGACUUUCUCGGCUAUACCCCUCCCACAUUCACGCCCCCACACAGCCCUUGCAAACCUCUCCCACGGUCAGUGUCACCUCGUCGGAGUGCCCCAGCUCCUGUGAACUAUGAACCCAUCAAGAUGCACUCGUUUACACCGUUAGCUCCUACUUCAAAGCACAAGCCCUUAACAGGUAAUACCUCUCGGCGACAAGCGUCUACGACAGCACUCAUUGAUGAUGACACAUUGUAUGAACCUCACAUUGUCAGCCAGUCACCAGACCACUCCAGUGAUAACCAGGAGGGGCCAGAUAACAGGCUAGGGGCUGACCAGGAGGAAAACAUCAAUGUGUUCAAGAAACAAAACUUUGAGGACCAAGAUAGCGAGAUUGGAUCCGAAGAUGUGCCUAUGCAGCAAGAUAAGGAUAAUGGACAAGGUGUCCACCCCUCCCCUUCUCCACCCCCAUACUCUCCCCCACACACACUUCCCUCACCAGCCUCACACUCUCACUACCAUCACCGCCCACCCAAGGCUACCCUAGCAGAGCACCUCUAUGUGGCCCCACCCAACCAGGCUGGUCUAAUACGACAGAAGGUGUUAGGAGUGAACGGAGCGGCUAGGAACAAUGUGAUAUGGGAACCCAACAGCGGUUUGUUUGUGUACAGCAGUGGUUGUAUUGUGGUGAUGGAGGAUCUCUCAACUGGGAAGCAAACACACAUGUUGGGUCACACUGAGGAGGUGUCGACUCUAGCUGCUCAACAUGACGUGAGGGACAUAGCCAGUGCCAGUCCAGCCUUUGGCCACACCCCCUGUGAGAUUAGGAUAUGGAGAGUCGGCUCAGCCAAGUGUACCAAGGUUCUGACAGUUCACAGUCACAGUGUACAGAGCAUGGCCUUCUCCAAAGAUGACAGACUGCUCCUCUCAGUUGGUACCUACCUUGAUGGCACCCUGGCAGUGUGGAGCACUCACGACUACUCUCUCCUCACGGCCACCACAUUAGACCACCAUGUACACCAGGCUGACUGGGACCCACACACAGCCUACGAGUUGACCAGUGUGGGGGAAGGGCUAAGGUUCUGGCUGGUUGAGGAGGACCGGAGUAAUAGGACAUGUGAGCUGAAGGUUCAUGAGCCUGAGUUACCUGCUGAGGUGGUAAAGACCAGCUCCAGAUCCAACCUGGAGUUCACCUCAUUGUGCUAUGGAGCUGACUCAAUGCUGUUCAUCGGCACAAAUACUGGUGUGAUCACUCUGUGGGAGACCAAAGGGAACAAGUGUCUCAUGUACUGGACCACAGACCUACUGGAAGUCAGCACUCUCUUCUCGUCUGCUGGUCGACUGUUCUCGGCGGACCUGGCUGGGUGUAUGCACCUGUGGAGUGUAGAGAGUGGUCAGCAUCUGCCGACUGUCUCCCUUCUCAACUCAAUGCAUGUACCCGGAGGAGUCUUCUCAGCAAGCUUCGACAGCAAACUCGAACUAGGUAUAGUGGGCACCUCCAGUGGUACUGUGCACUACGUCAAUUGGCCUGACACCACUAAAGUCAGCAUUGUCAGUGGCCACUCCUCAAAAAUCUCCUCCCUGGACAUCACUCGAGACAACUCCCUCCUGGCAACAGCUAGUACCGAUGGAUCUGUAGCUGUGUGGAGAAUGGAUAGUCUAGAGCAGACGGUGCUUUUCCAGGCUCCUAGGACGGCCUGUAACUGUGUGGCAUUUGCACCAAUUAACGAGCAGGGGCAGGGGAAGACUUCCCCGUCAGUGGUGGCUGGGUACAGUGACGGCAUGCUGAGAGUGUUUGAUUUGGAGAGUCUAAAAAUGAGUCGAAAGAUGAAGCCACACUUGGAAAAUGUGCGAGCUGUAGCCUACUCUGAAGAUGGGCAUGUGAUAAUUUCUGGAUGCUCAUCUGGAGUGGUUGCUAUUAGCAACUCAGCUUCAGGGUUGGUAGUGAGAGUCAUCACUGAUCAUCAGGGUGCUCCAAUCACCGAUAUCCACAUCGCCAUCAAACCUGCUAAGCUUCCUGACCCUGGUGCUGACGAGUGCUACCUGUGGUUAGUGGCCAGUGGAGAUCGUAGAGUGAGUGUGUGGAGCAGUGAGUGGAGUAAGGAUCGUUGUCAGCUGGUCGACUGGCUCACUUUCCCAGGACCAUUUUUUGCUCCCAAUGGAACUAGACUGAAGAAAGGAGAUAAGUGUCAGUACGAACUGCUCCCCCCAAGCCUGGCUCGCUUCAGCCCCUCCAAUCCUGACACUAUUGUCUACACUGGCUAUGGUAUGGAGAGGUGUGUCCAGUUCUACAGCAUCUCCAAGAAAACCGUGACAAGGAACUGCUCUCUCACACAUUGGGCCACCAGUAUGGACCUAUCGCCAGAUGGUCACUUAGUGGCAAUAGGGUGUGAAGAGAGAGUUUUGAAGCUCAUGGAUUCAGAUGAAGGGGCUUUCCAAGAUUACACAGGCCAUCAUGACAGUGUAGAUAGGAUCAAUUUUUCUCCAAAUGGCAAACAACUUAUUUCUGCAAGUAGUAACUCGUUACAUAUCUGGGAUAUCACUCUUUAAUAUCAUUCUGUGCAUUUGAUUUGUUUGUGCUUUGACGUUUGUGUAAUGUGAAUGUGUUUUUAAUAGAACAUUGAAUAAG